AUGUCCAAAAGAACAUUGCUCACAUAUUAUUCAAGUUCAAGCAAUGCCAAUACUAGUAAUACUGAUGAGGGCACAAGUCAACCAAAGAAGUCUAAAGUGGAGUUUCAUUUCUCGGAUAUAGUAGGUGAUCCAGGGAAUCGCAAACCAAUUGAUCACUAUGCAUUUGAAAUUAGAGAUCAAGUAAAGAGGGCAUAUGCUUUGAGUGGUCCAACUCAACCGGUUAAUCAUACAUUUCCUCGUAGAUGGCAAAGUGGUGAAUGGAGAUCUUUUCAAAAAAUCUGGUUUGAGAAGCAUGAUUGGCUAGAGUAUAGUGUCUCAAAGGAUGCAGCAUUUUGCUUGUAUUGUUAUCUUUUCUUUGAGCCAGGAAAGCCUGAAAAAUUUGGGAGUGAUGUAUUUGCAAAGUCUGGUUAUGUCAAUUGGAAGAAGGCUUUGUAUACUUUUGAGAGACACGGUAAUUGCAAAACUCAUAACAAUGCAAGGCUGAAGUGUGACGACUUUAUGAACCAAAGAACAAGUGUUACUCACAAAUUUAUUAAUACCAGCAAGGAAGAUGAAAUUCGUUACAAGAUUCGCUUGACUUCUUCUUUAGAUGUUGCAAGAUAUCUCAUUGAGCAAGGUGAUGCUUUUCGUGGACAUGAUGAGUCUAAUACUUCUAUCAAUAAGGGUAAAUUUAGAGAGAUGAUUGACUGGUACAAAAACAAGAAGAAGAAGGUUAAGGAUGCAUAUGAGAAAGGUUCUACACGGUGUCAAAUGAUAUCUCAUCAUAUUCAGAAGGACCUUACAAAAGCUUGUGCACGACGAGUCACGACAGUGAUUAUGGAUGAGAUUGGAGAUAGGAACUUCUCUGUGCUUAUUGAUGAGUCUCGAGAUGUAUCAAUAAAGGAGCAAAUGGCUGUGAUCUUGAGGUUUGUGAAUGAUCAAGGAAAGGUUAUGGAGAGGUUUCUUGGACUUCAACAUGUCAACAGAUGUACAGCUGCUGUAUUGAAAGAAGCUUUGGUUAGUAUGCUUUCCUGUCAUAAGUUAACCGUUUCUAGGCUUCGAGGGCAGGGUUAUGACGGAGCUUCAAAUAUGAGAGGUGAAUUUAAUAGUGUGCAAAAAUUGAUUCGGGGUGAAAAUCCUUAUGCUUUCUAUGUGCAUUGUUUCGCCCAUCAGUUGCAGUUAGUGGUUGUUACCGUUGCAACUUUUAGUCCAGUCAUUGCAGAUUUCUUUAACUAUGUUCCUUUAAUAGUGAACACUGUGGGUGCAUCGUGUAUGAGAAAGGAUGUCUUACUUGCAAAGCAUCAUGAUGUGUUGCUACAAAAGGUGGAGAAUGGUGAGAUUAGCACUGGAAGAGGACUGAAUUAGAAAAGUAGCCUAGCUAGACCUGGAGAUACUAGAUGGGGUUCACAUCUUAAAACAUUGCUUCGUAUUUUCCAAAUGUGGGAAGCUAUCUUGGAGGUGCUUGAGAUUGUAAAGCAAGAUUCCGUUAAGCCGACAUGUAAUGGUGGAGCAUUUGGUUUAAUUGGUAAAAUGCAAAACUUUGAUUUUGUAUUCAUAAUGCUUUUGAUGAUAGACUUGUUAAGCAUUACAGAUGACUUGUCACGUGCUUUGCAAAGGAAGGAUCAAGACAUUGUUGAAGCAAUGAGUUUAAUUAUGGAUGUGAAAGAUCGUUUGCAGGAUAUGAGGGACAAUGGAUGGGAGUUGUUAUUCAAAAGAGUGAAGUCCUUUUGUGAUAAAAAUGAGAUUAAAGUGCCAAAAAUGGACAAGGAAGUAAAUGCUAG